AUGGCGCCUACCCGUCCAGCACCUCACCGACUUGCGUCGGGAAGACCUCGUGUCAAAAACACUCCUCGAAAAGGGCCAGCAAAACACCAGCGAGUGUUCACGACAUAUGCCAAGAAGCUCCAUGUUCUUCAAUGGCUAGAAAACAACACAAUAGAGUCCACCUUGGACACUUUCCUUAAAGGGGUUAGUGGUGUUGCUCGCCAAACUGCGUGGAAGAAGAUACUGCAUUGGCGUAGCCAGAUUGACUUCAUCACACAAGCUGCAAGCUCACCGUCAUCCGCAUCCAACCGCACCAUUCGAUCAACCGGGACAGGAACAACCUUGGACAGUGCUGCCGAAGAAAACAUUGCCAACUGGGUGUGCCAGCUGCGCUCUGACGGCGUGCCAGUCAGUCGGUUGCUACUGUCAUGCAAGGCUUUAGAAGUAGCCAAGGACCUUGGACUCUCGACUGCCCAGUUCAAGGCUAGUCCGUCGUGGGUUGAUGACUUCUUCCGGACUUCGUCCGACUUGCGCUUUCGACACCGCAACGCCUUCAGCACCGCGAAGCCGCGCGCAAUGAGUUUGCAAGUCGAAUUCAAUCCGUCAUCCAAGAACACGCGAUCGAAGACAUUUACAACGCUGAUCAAACUGGGAUAA